UUUUCAUGCUUAGAAUAGAUAGAACGAAUGGGAGAGGAUGAAGGCACAAAUUGAAGUACAAAGGCUACACCCUAUGUAGAUGAAAGUGGAAUAUGGUUUCCAUGGUUUGUCAGGAAGUAUAUCUUAUCUUUAUUAGCGAAUCGAAUGUAUGUUUCCAGGCUUCCCAAAAGGUACCGUAAGUUACAAAUGGUGGCAGCCCACCUAGCUCAAUCCAAUUCGCAUAUGAAAUUGUGUCAGUCAGAGAUAAAAACUUCCACGAAAAUGAGCCGACAAGACCUAUAAAUAUGUUAAAGGCAGCUACAGUCUGCACACUCAUUCCUAAAAUGUCUCCGGUUACAUGUCUAGUAGCUCCACUGCUCCUUCUGAUCGCCACGACAUCUGUUCCUGGUCAAGCCAAGGUGGCUGAUGUUUCGCGAAUGAUAGGCGGAGAGUUUGCGGGCCCUGGCCAGUUCCCGCAUCAGGUAUCGCUCCAGUUGAAAGGGCGCCAUCAUUGCAGAGGAUCUCUCAUCUCCGACACGAUGAUUGUAACUGCCGCCCACUGCACCAAGGACCAGAAUCCUUCCCAGAUGAAGGCCAUAGUGGGAACCAACGAUCUGAGCGCCGGCAAUGGGCAGGUUCUCGGCAUUUCCCAGUUCAUCAUCCAUCCGCAAUACAAUCCGCAGAGCCAGGACUUUGACAUGUCGCUGAUCAGGCUAACCAGCCCCGUGCCAAUGGGCGGUGCUGUCAAAACAAUCCAGCUGGCCGAAGCUGACUUCAACUAUUGAAGUGGUUUGAAAGAGUAACGUAUAAAAAAAAGGUAUAAAUACUGGGAUCCACAAAAGGGAACAUUUGGAAAAGUACCAAGAAGUGAUAUUGGUCUCCCUAUGUUACACAACUUUGCCGCCUCAAUUCAAGUUAAAAGGUAAACGAAGGA